GGAAGAGCGUUUCCCAUGAGCAGCGCUCUGAAGCUCGCCCCAGUCAGUGCGCCUCUUCCAUCCGCGCGUUCACGAUACCGGCACACUCACUGCAUGAUGGCCGAGGGAGGAGGACCCGAGCCGGGUGGCGCGGCAGAUUCUGACUCGGAGCCGGUAGCAGCACAAAUGCCAACCCCUUCAACCGAAAAUCAAAAACAGACUAUUGGGUCACUCUUGAAAACAACUCUGAGAAAGGGUGACGAAUGGUAUCUAAUCGACAGCCGGUGGUUCAAACAAUGGAAGAAGUACGUUGGAUUUGACAACUGGGACAUGUACAAUGUUGGAGAACGUAGCCUCUUUCCAGGACCAAUUGAUAACUCUGGGCUCUUUUCAGACCAGGAGACUCAGUCCCUGAAAGAGCACCUCAUAGAUGAGCUGGACUAUGUCCUUGUACCCACUGAAGCAUGGAAUAAGCUUGUGAGCUGGUACAGCUGCCUUGAGUGCCAGAGACCCAUCGUCAGGAAGGUUGUUGAACAUGGCAUGUUUGUCAAGCACUGUAAAGUGGAAGUCUAUUUGCUGGAGCUGAACUUGUGUGAGAAUGACAACAUGGACAAUGUUGUUACACGUCAUUUCAGUAAAGCUGAUACUAUAGAUACCAUAGAGAAGGAUAUGAGGACGCUUUUCAAUAUCCCAUCGGAGAAGGAGACACGGCUCUGGAACAAAUACAUGAGCAACACCUACGAGCAGCUGAAUAAGCCGGACAGCACUGUACAAGAUGCCGGACUCUUCCAGGGACAGGUGCUUGUGAUUGAGCGGAAGAAUGAUGACGGCACGUGGCCCAGACAAGCGUCCCAUCCCAAAUCAAGUACAACCCCAUCCAGGAAUUUCACUACCUCCCCAAAACUCUCCUCCAACUCAACAGCCAGUAUCUCCUCCACAGUGACCAAUGGAGACAGCAGCCCUGGCUACACACUCAACAACAGCACCUCCUCUGGCAACAGAUUGGGAAGCUACAAUUCUUACAGUUCCUCCUACAAUUACAGAGAGUCGCAGUCACAGCCGGGCCUGUGUGGUCUCAGUAAUUUGGGCAACACCUGCUUCAUGAACUCUGCCCUCCAGUGCCUGAGCAAUGCAUCCCCACUCACAGAAUACUUCCUCGAAGACCAUUACGAGGCAGAGAUUAACCGAGAGAAUCCCCUGGGCAUGAGGGGCGAGAUAGCGGAGGCCUAUGCAGAUCUAGUGAAGCAGAUGUGGUUGAGUCGCAGCAGCUAUGUGGCCCCACGUACCUUCAAGACCCAGGUGGGCCGUUUUGCCCCUCAGUUUUCAGGUUACCAGCAGCAGGACUCGCAGGAGCUGCUGGCCUUCCUCCUCGACGGACUCCAUGAAGAUCUGAACCGCGUCAGGAAGAAGCCUUACCUGGCCGUAAGGGAUGAUGACGGACGGGCAGAUGAGAUUGUUGCAAAGGAAGCUUGGACCAACCACCGCUUGCGCAACGACUCUAUCAUAGUUGAUAUUUUCCACGGCCUCUUCAAAUCCACUCUGGUUUGUCCAGAGUGCUCCAAGGUGUCUGUGACCUUUGACCCCUUCUGCUACCUCACACUGCCUCUGCCCAUGAAGAAGGACCGGACUAUGGAGGUGUUCCUGGUGCGAUCAGACCCUCAGUCCAGACCCACACAGUAUCGAGUGGUGGUCCCAAAACUGGGUUCAGUGACAGACCUGUGCAGCGCCUUGUCCAAGAUCUGUGGAUUCCCGUCUGAAAAUAUGGUGGUUGCUGACGUUUACAAUCAUAGGUUCCAUAAAAUAUACAGACGCGAUGACGGCCUGAACCAAAUUAUGGAAAAAGAUGACAUCUUUGUGUACGAGGUACAGGAAGAGGACAGCGAGAAGAUGAACCUGCCUGUGUAUUUCAGAGAACGCCACUCCAAGCACGCAGGAAGCUCCAGCAGCACCAUGCUGUUCGGUCAGCCUUUACUCAUCACCGUGCCCAGACACAACCUCGUAGCAGACGUUCUGUACGAAAAGAUCCUAGAGAGGAUUGGGCGCUAUGUAAAACAAUCCCCGACCCCGAACGGUGAGAGCAGGGCCUCGGCCUCAGCCUCGGCCUCAGCCACGGCCUCAGCCACAGCAGCCUCUGCCAGCUGCAGCCAGGCUCCAGAAUGUUCCACAGCGUCUAAUGCCAACGCCAGCCUGGGUGGCUGCGGCAGCCCGCUGUCAGACGGGGCCUCGUGCAGUGCCAGCUCCAGCAACGGCAGCAGCCACUCAGGGGCCUGCCAUGAGACUAACGGGGUAUACGAUGGUGAUGAAGCCAUGGACCACCAGGUGAGUCCAGAGCCAGAGAACGGCCACUCCGAAGAGGACGAAGAGGAGGCGUCUGACUUGGAAAAUGGCUCCAAAGGAGACACACCCAAGAAGAACUCUUCCCCCAAGAAGAACUCUUCACCAGCCAGGCUCUUCUCUUUCAGCAUCGUUAACUCCUACGGAACAGCUAACAUCAGCCCGCUGCCCUGUGAUGGAAAUGUGCUCAAACUCAAUCCACAUUCCACAGUGGCGAUCGACUGGGACUCGGAGUCAAAGAAACUGUGUUACGACGAACAGGAAGCAGAGGCCUAUGAGAAGCACGAGAGCAUGCUCCAGCCCCAGAAGAAGAAAGCCACUGUGGCUCUGAGGGAGUGUACGGAGCUCUUUACCACCAUGGAGACGCUGGGAGAACACGACCCAUGGUAUUGUCCAACAUGUAAGAAACACCAACAGGCCACAAAGAAGUUUGACUUGUGGUCGCUGCCUCGCAUUCUUGUUGUUCAUCUGAAGCGCUUCUCCUACAACCGGUGUUGGAGGGACAAGCUGGACACCGUGGUGGACUUUCCCAUCAGGGAUCUCAACAUGUCGGAGUUUGUCUGCGACCCCAAGGCCGGCCCCUUCAUGUAUGACCUCAUCUCCGUGUCAAACCACUAUGGAGGAAUGGGAGGGGGUCACUACACGGCGUAUGGCAAGAAUAAAGUGGAUGGAAAGUGGUAUUACUUUGAUGACAGCAGCGUCUCCUCUGCCUCAGAGGACCAGAUUGUGACUAAAGCAGCCUACGUGCUGUUCUAUCAGCGCAGAGACGAGGAAGCCCCCUCCUCCAAACCUCAGCCCUCGGCCUCGCUGGGAGGAGCCCCCGAAGCAGCCGAGGAUCACAUGGACACAAACUGAGGAGCCCUGGGGCCAAGGGACACGCACUGAAACACAUACAGCAAAUAGAGACACUCGGGCGCACACACAAAGCUACUUUAGUGACAGAGGACUCCGCAGACUUAACAUUAUUCACCCUUCCUUCCCCGUAUUUUAUUUGAUUGCUGUCUCGUAUAUUGUCCACUAGAGCCAACAGCCAUGUCAGAAGAGGGACCUGAGAGACUUCCUCCCUGCAGCGGGCGGCCCACUGAUUUCUGAGUAUAGUUUUACUAGUCUGGAACUAAAGAGGAGUGUAAAUGGAUAGAGAUCCUCUCACUGGAUAAACAGAAUGUUAGAAGUGCCCUCACAUGCGUAGAUGAAUAAAAAUGUUUCUGUUGCUAACAACAACAGUCAAAAUCAAAAAAAAAGAAGCCAAAUGCACAUGUUUCAACCAAAGCGUUCAGAGGUUUUUAUGAUGAAAUGUACCAUCUGAUCAGACAUUAGCAAGAUACUGGCCUGGGUUUCACUCUUCAUAGUCUUGCUGGGCUGAGGUAAAUGCUAACUUUAAACAGUGUGAUAUGCACGCAGAACAAUACAUGUUGUUGAAAGAAUCCUGUGACCUUAUUCCACCUGUAGAGUGGAUCACUGAUGGCGGAUCUGGCUGCCGCGGUCUAACUGUGGCGGCUGUUCUUCUUGCUCUGUAGAGCAAUCUAAACCACAGAGGGGAUUUCUUUAUAAAGGAAUCUGCAUCCCGACAUGAGUUGGGGCAGAGGCGGUUUUUGUUCAGCCAUCAAUUUCUUCUUCUUUGAUGCACAGAAUGGGCUCUGCUGUCUCUCGGACCCUAAACUCAUGAGAGGAGUCUUACCCUGCUACUAAUGUUUAUUUACCCCCUUUUUUUUUUUUUUAAAAUCUCAAUGCAAAAGAGGCCUUUUGAUUCCUGCAGCCUGACUAAAAAAGGGGGCACUUUGAAUUCUCCAUGAGUACAUUAUCUACCUGCUUUUGGACAUGACAGAUUUGUAGGAUUUGGCCUAGGCAUUAAAGUUUACAGUCUGUCAUUCACUUCCACAUCAUUUUAAUGUGUCUUAUAGGAAUAUUUUGAUUGCUGCCUGAUCGGACCCCUAGUCUUGUACAUUAAUGCAGCUCUGUAUUGAAAUGGCUAUGUUAUUUGAUAUCUUUAAAGCACACUGAGUGAAGCAAAAAUAAACUAGUUUAAAAGUGGUGCUUUUAUUCCUGAAGCUUGACUUGCUCCUUGUGAGUAGGAACAAUGUACAUGUGUCAUCAGAUGGGGUCAUGAGAGCAGCACUUUAACAGCUGAGUUCAGUCAUGUGCACCCGAUUUCUUUGCUUCCAGAGAUCAUGGACAUAAGGCUGUCUUAGUUGCUAACAUAAAAGAAGAAUCCCUUUUUUAGUCUUUCUGAUUUGGGUCAUUACAUACAGUUAUCACAGGAAGCACAGUUAUAAUGUGUCUCAAACAUAUUUACCUAUAGUCAGUCUCAAGGAUCCUCUGUGAAUCAGAUGGCAGUUAGUACUAAAUGAAUCUGUUUACUGAAGUCUUGUUCUAUGGCAUAAAUUCUGCACUUUUUUGCAUCACAGCAUGUUGAUAUGCAGGACCUCCAAGUGCCCUCUUUGCUGGUUGGUCCUGACCAUCAUGUCAUUUUCAAAGUGAGCUACCUAAAUAUACUCAUUCAAGCCUAUGCUUAGAAAAGCUUUACCUCAUUUUAGUAAUCUUAGAUACUUCUUUAAAAACAAUGCUAAAUGCUGAGAAUCUUGUUUUCCCCCUAAAUCACGACAGCAAUUCAAACUCGAACAUAACCAUAGAGAUGUAAAUGAUCACACUAUUGAAAAUAGGUGUAUAAAUUCUUGUCUUCAUAUUUAUCUUAUUGCCGAUAUCUACAGUAUUUGAAUUCAAAGUACAAUAAAGACUGGAAGCCUCAA